AUGAAUUACAUUAUCGGUGCCUUCAAGCCGCCCUGCGACAUCUUCGUCACCUUCUCCGAUGAGAGGACGCGGAAGCAGAUGCAGAUCAAGAAGGACAAUGGGAAGACUGUCAUGGUGCCGGCAUUCCAGAGCCUUGAGACCAUAGCCGGAGAGGUGUCGAUUGCUCCAGUCCCAGGUAAAAGGCUUGAGCACACGGGUGUGAAGAUUGAGCUGCUGGGUCAGAUAGAGCUAUAUUUUGACAGAGGCAACUUCUACGAUUUCACUUCAUUAGUGCGUGAAUUAGAUGUUCCUGGUGAAAUAUAUGAAAGGAAGACUUAUCCAUUUGAGUUUGCUACUGUUGAAAUGCCAUACGAGUCAUAUAAUGGGACAAAUGUUAGAUUGAGGUACAUCCUGAAAGUAACAAUUGGCAGAAAUUAUGUUGGCAGCAUUGUGGAAUCACGGGACUUCUGUGUAAGAAACUACUCUCCAGUUCCCACAAUCAACAACAGCAUCAAGAUGGAAGUUGGCAUUGAAGAUUGCUUGCAUAUUGAAUUUGAGUACAGCAAAACCAAGUAUCAUCUCAAAGAUGUCAUCAUAGGAAAGAUAUAUUUUCUUCUGGUCAGAAUUAAGAUAAAGAACAUGGAGCUUGAGAUUCGUCGCCGUGAAUCUACAGGGUCUGGUCCCAACACAUAUGUUGAGACUGAGACACUAGCAAAAUUUGAGCUGAUGGAUGGCGCCCCAGUUAGAGGUAAACAUUAUUUUUUGACAUUUGAGAAGACUACGUCGAAUUUUUUAUGUAAAAUACUCCACUCAGUAGGUGCUAAGUUUAUCAACAAUGAUUACGCAGGAGAAUCGAUUCCAGUGAGACUAUUCUUGACUCCAUAUGAGCUUACCCCAACUUACCGAAACAUAAACAACAAGUUCAGUGUCAAGUACUACCUGAAUCUGGCCCUUGUCGAUGAGGAAGACCGGAGGUAUUUCAAGCAACAAGAAAUCAUGAUGUAUCGCCUUCUGGAAACUCCACAAUCAUCAUAG